AUUCAUUCGCAGGGAAAAGUCUCUGUCCUUAAAGACGUAGACGUGCGUAGUGUAUCCAAAAAAGAGCUGAAAGGGAAAAAAAGGAAAAAAGGGAGAAGAGAGAAGGAGAACCCCAAUGUGCGCAGAGAGUGGGCUCUGCGUAAAGAAGCACAGACUCUACAGAUAAGCUGAAAUUUACUUCGGCAAGAUAAGUUCAUAAGCCAUCCAGGCUUUGUGGACCCGUUUGAUCGCCCAUGCGUGCAUCUGGUCAGGAGUUUAAUUAAGGUAAUUUACUUUGUCCAGACGCGCACAAACGGGAACUACCAGUUGUGCAUCCAAGAGGUUUUACAGUUGCAAGCCCGUCUUUGAGGAAGACAUGGCCAAGUUAUUUCGAGCUGCUAUCAUGGGUCCACCAGGAUCAGGGAAAGGAACGAUAUCCAAGAGGAUUGCGCAAAGUUUUGGCCUGCAGUAUCUGUCCAGUGGCCACUUUCUACGAGAAAGCGUAGCGACAAAUACAGAUGCAGGUGUGCCGGUGAUGACCUACAUAGAAAGAAGCAUGCUGGUACCUGACCAUGUGAUGACCAGAUUGAUGCUGCCCAGACUGGAACAGCUGAGAGGUCAAAGCUGGCUGUUGGACGGCUUUCCCCGGACUCUGGCACAGGCCCAAGCUCUGAACAGUUUGUAUCAGCUCGACCUGGUCAUUAGCCUUAACAUCCCCUAUGAGACGCUGAAGGAGAGACUGAGUGACCGCUGGAUCCAUCCAGCCAGCGGUAGAGUCUACAACAUGGGCUUCAACCCGCCACGAGUGCAGGGUAAGGAUGACGUCACUGGAGAGCCACUGAUUCAGCAUGAUGAUGACAAACCAGAAGCCCUGAUGGCCAGACUGAGACACUACAAAGAUGUGGCCAAGCCUGUCAUAGACUUAUACAAGUCACAGGGAAUCUUGCACUCCUUUUCUGGUACAGAGACAGAUCGGAUUUGGCCUUAUAUCAACUCCCUCCUCAGCACUAAGAUGCACAUACAGCCAUCAAAUGUCUUCCAAACCCAGACGCCCUGACAUUCCUCUGAAUGAAAAGACCAAAGGGAAACAUCGAGAAGCCGCCAGAAGAAGUGGGGUGAUGUUUCAACUUGCUGGCCUCAGCUCUGAGCUUCCUCAUUAAUAACGAAGUUUAGAGUGAUGGACAAGGACACUGAUCAAAAGUCUAGGUUUAGUCCAACAUGUUUGUGAUUCAGUAAUCUGUUGGUUCAGAUAAAUGCUUGCAAAGUUUUAUUGGUUAUACAUUGUCAAUGUUCAAAUCCUUUAAAGGAAUAUUAAAACUGAUCAGUUUUGUAAAUAAUAAUUUUACAUAAGCACUCACCAUCAAGCGAUUCUUUACAAUUUAGUCUUUUUAUUUGCAAGUGUUACAAUUCCCACACAUUGCUCUCCAUUCUAAAGAUUAUUCCUUUUUUUUUUUACUAGAAACCAAUUCCAGAGUUGUAAGGUAACUCCAGCAAUAUUGUAAACCAAAACCAAACUCUUAAGUGUCUCUCUCCAACAUUAAAUAUGCAAGAACAAAUUAUUGUUGUAGCGAAAAUAAAACUUGAAAUAAAGGCAGAUGUAGGAAAUGUUCUUUAGAUAGUCUGUGCACAUUUGAUUGAAUGCACUUGGAUUUGAAAAUGAAAAUUGGAUUUUUAGAAAGUAAGAAUACCACAUUUUCAUCUAUAUAAAUAGACAAAUUUAAGACUGAAACCCUUCUUCUACUCUUAAAUGUGUGGAGUUGUAUUUUUCACUGAGCAGAAUACACAGCAAAAUACAUUUUUAUUAAAUUCAGCCUUAACUCAAGACUAACAUAUCUAAAAUCAGACAUAAGUCAGACAUAAUUUGGGUAAUCAUUUCUUUUCUAAAAAGUUGAAGCAUGUCUGAGUGCUGUGUAAUAUGCUGUGCAUUAUGCCUACAGUUCAGCUGUAACAUUCUAGGUUUUUAAUUAGCUUGGUGUUUCUGGAAUAUAACCAUCAAUUAUGCAAACAGUGUGCACUGUGUAAACUGCUAUGCUUUACUUUUCCAAUGAAUGAAAUGCUGCAGAUUAUUAUGUAAUGUGCAACUAUUAAGAUGCAGGAGAAUCUACUGAGCGGGUGUUGGUGUAGGAAGCCUUCAGAAUCACUCUAUAGCACACUCUGUGACACUCGGGUGAAGACCAACGCACAGAAUAUAGAGUGCCUUUAUUGUUGUUACAUUCCUUUCAAUAUAUAUCCGUACUUUAUUUGCCUUUUUUAACCUUUGCCUUGCCACAGUGAACAACGUGUAAGACUUUUUGAACAUUUGUUUUUGUAAGUGAUUAAUGAAUAUCUUCUCGAGAUGUGAGUCUGCCUUUUCCAAUAACUUUCGCACUAGUGACUAACCUGUGCAAUAAAGCCCAGCAAAUAGGGUUUAAUUGUGUUUUCCAGCUCUGUUAACGGUGCCUUUUGCAGUUCUCAAACGUUAUAUUGAAGUGUUAUCACCUGAACUCAUUGUGAGGGCUUGAAAAAACUGCUAUAUUUUUGGCUUGAGUGACAUUUGGAUAAGAUGUCUCAAUGUCCUCAAUGCUAAAAUAUGAAAUCUGUAGAUUUAAAGCAGUGGUAAUGUGUCAGGAGGUGUCUCACUUACAGCCUCUGAUUUACACUUUGGUUUCAUGUUGGGUGGAGCACAGUAUGCCUGGAUGCUCAGUGUGUGUUGUUGUUCAAUUAUGGGCAUCGUGUGAAAGUGUUGUGUUGUGUAUGACUACACCCAGCUGCUGUUGUGCAAUACCACAGUGGAUUUUUUUUCUUCCCUAUUUUUAAACCAUGCUGUCCAAACAUGUUACAUUCCAGGGGCAAUAAAACUAUUUUCUCAUG